AUGAAGCGACCUUGCGAGGACACUACCUCAGAUAGUGAUAUGGACGAGACUAUAGACGUAGGGAGCGAAAAUAAUUAUUCUGGGCCUAAUGCCAGUUCUGUGAUCCGGUCAAAUUCUCCUACCACAACAUCUCAGAUUAUGGCCAGGAAAAAAAGAAGAGGGAUUAUAGAGAAAAGGCGCCGUGAUCGUAUAAAUAACAGCUUAUCCGAACUGAGGCGACUUGUACCGACUGCUUUUGAAAAACAAGGAUCUGCCAAAUUAGAAAAAGCAGAAAUCCUGCAAAUGACAGUGGAUCAUUUGAAGAUGCUCCAGGCGACAGGCGGGAAAGGUUAUUUUGACGCUCAUGCUCUGGCCAUGGAUUUCAUUAGCAUUGGGUUUCGAGAAUGUCUAACCGAAGUUGCAAGAUACCUGAGUUCUGUGGAAGGUCUGGACACGGCAGACCCUCUGCGAGUCCGACUAGUCUCCCAUCUCAGCUCGUGUGCUUCCCAGAGGGAAGCCGCUGCCAUGACCUCGUCCAUGGCACAUCAUCACCAUCCUCUGCACCCUCAUCACUGGGCGGCUGCUUUCCAUCAUCUCCCUACGGCUUUAUUGCAUCAGAAUGGAUUACAUCCCUCCGACGUCUCCCCCUGCAGACUGUCCACAGCCUCAGAAGUGCCUUCCCACGGCUCAGCUCUCCUCACCGCCACUUUCGCCCAUGCCGAUUCCACCCUCCGAGUGCCCUCGGCGGGCAGCGUCGCUCCUUGCGUCCCACCACUUUCUACCUCUCUCCUCUCACUUUCUGCCACUGUGCAUGCUGCAGCAGCGGCAGCAGCUCAGAGUUUCCCUCUUUCUUUUGCUGGAGCAUUCCCAAUGCUUCCUCCAAGUGCGGCAGCAGCAGCAGCAGUGGCUGCUGCCGCAGCCAUUAGCCCCCCUUUGUCUGCUAACUCUCAGCAACCCAGCAGUAAUGGAAACACUAAACCCUACCGACCUUGGGGUACUGAAGUUGGAGCUUUUUAGAUUUGCCCUUCAAAAUGCCUCCUGCGAUUAGAACAGAAAGCUCUUGCACGAAGCUUAGGUGGUGAAAAGCUCAAGGAGCCAGACGGAUGCUCAAGACACAGAAGAGAAAGAGCAAGCAAAUCUGCCAUAAGAAUUGUCAGGAUGGAGGUUUUUCUACUUCGUUUGAG